AUGAACUCGUCUCACUCGAUAUGGAAUGAGAACCCAGUUGUUUAUCUUACUAUCAAACGAUAUUAUUCUGCAAUUGCCACUGUAAUCUAUCCAUUUGCUCAUUAUUGUGUUUUGACCAAGUCUCCGAAAAAUUUCGGGUUAUUGAAAUGGGUCAUUUACUUACAUUGCUUUUGGAUUACUGUGGAAUGGCUCUCCAAUGCAUUCCUCAUCGACAUCAUAGAUUUUCAACCCUCAGUAAUGAUUAGAGUUGAUGGUUAUUUGAACAAGAUUUUUGAUGCAGUAUUUUUAUAUAAAGUUUAUAUUUUCAUUGAAGCCAUCUCCUCUACAUCCGCCCUUAUCCUUUUUACUAGUCGUCUUCUGAUGAUUGUCAAUAUGUACCGAUCAUUCAUAUCCUGUCGAAGAAUUACUUGUGAAGCUUUUAUCUAUCUAGUAGUAAUGACGUUUGGACUUUGGUCAAUACCGACUACGAUUUGGCAGAUUCCUGAACAACAGUCAGCAAAGAUGAAGAUUAUGGAGAGUGACCUAUUUUAUCCUGAUUGCCUUUGGAGUCCAACAUCCAUCGCAGUUAGUGGAACUGAUUCCGAGAGUGAAGAUAUAUUCUCAAUUAUCACAUUAGUUAAUUGGGUGUCAAUUGGAAUUGCUAUACUUGUUUCUGCUAAAGUUGCAUUUCUUAUGCUAGCAAAAAGAAUGGUUAAUGAAUCAGAAGCCACAAAAAAGAUGCACAAAAAGUUCAACCAACGGACUAUAUUUCAAGCAUUACUAUAUCUUUCGUUUGCAUGUAUUCCAUUUUCCGUAUUAUACAUCACUAUUCUUUUUAACGUUCGUAUUCCUGGACUCACUUAUUUCAUUGACUUUUUCUCUGAAAACCACCCUACCGCAUGUGCAGUUUCCUUGUUUUUAUAUUAUGACCCUUACCAAAAUUAUCUUUUGGAAACUGUACGCUGGAAGAAGAGAGUGCAUCCAGAUAAACAGUCAACGAUGAUGGGAGAUAAGUCUACAUUCGUUAUUUUAAGGAACUGA